GAGGCCCGAGGUGUCCGGCUCGCGGUUUAACCGUGCGGGGCGUGCACACGUGGCGCGGCUCUGCGGGAAGCGCUCCGAUUUCAGCGCCCCGCCCUCGAGCGCAGCGGCAGCGCGUUACCGGUUGGGGGGCAGCCCUUCUUACAGCCGUCGUUAUUGUGGGUGGAAACGUACCCCGCGAGCGAGCCCUUCGUUUUCCUUGCCAUCGUUCGCGGACCCGUGAGGCGUGUGCGCGCCCCCCGGACCGCAGGGUGACAACCGCUGGCGUGACACGACGUGUAACGUGUCGUCUGGGGGCCCUGCCGCGUGUCCGGGUCGCACCGGGACGGAAACCAGCGAACCAGGGUCGCUGCGAUGGCCGCUCUUGAGAAACGCCCGGACCGGAGGUUCCAGCGAGCCAGCCCGCCAGACUCCAGCACAGGUCAGAAGAGUUGUUCCCUGGAGACUGACUGGAAAACCCCAACUCUGUCUGCAAAGUUCCAGAGUCACUUUGGGCGCUGUUCAAGCACGGCUGACAGUGGGGACACGGCAAUCGGAACCUCCUGUUCAGACAGCACAGAGGACUUCUGCACUUCCAGUGGCAGCACCUCAUUCCAGCCCAUUAAAACCCAAGUGACCAUCCCCACAGCCCAUGUCAUGCCUUCCACAUUGGGCAUGUCGCCUUCCAAGUUCUGCUCCGCAGGAGAGCCAAACUCUUUGCAGAAGGUGCCGUUAUCAUCGAAACCAGCUCUGUCAGCAUCCUCCACUGAAAAUGCAGGGCUGACAAGAAACGGAGACCCUCAUGCUGUAAAAUUGUCUCAAGGGCCACCCAGGGAGCUCCUGCAGCUCUAUGGGACUUCCGGGGAAAACAGUUUUGAGCAGUCCUGGCUUCCCCAUGCUGAGCACAUGAGAGCAGAAGAUAAUCGGAAAUUUGACAUGCCUGCCCUUGAGUUCACCCUUAACCGGUCUCUUUGGAUGGAUAAUCUGUGCUCUGAUCCUCACCGCAAGUUCCAGAAAUGCAAUCCAAGCACCGCUGCCGCCGAUGCAGCAAAGGAGCCUUAUAAAGUGCUACCAGAGACGCAAACUGCACCUGGGGCUAGUGGAGUCUGUGAGCCCCGCAACGGGACAUGGCCUCGUGGGAGCAGAGCCACGCCAGUAGGACUUCAGCCCAGUAACAUCUUUUCAAAGCCAGGCGCUCCUCAGGCACAAGCGUGGAGGCAAGAACCUUGCACGUGGCAUCCGCAUGAGAGGGUUUGUGACCUUGGCACUUGGAAGCAUCAGCUGGACAACAUCAGAGUGCGCGUAGAACAGAUGCAGUUACAAAAUGGAGUUGCUUGCAACCAUUCCUCAAUGUAUCCCACGCCGCUGCAUUCGGUCGAUCCAGCCCAGUGGGUCAGUAUCCUGAGUGCCAAUGACAAUCUACUCAAGGAGAAAGAGCUCCUCAUUGACAGGCAGAGGCAACACAUCUCCCAGCUGGAGCAGAAGGUUCGAGAGAGCGAGCUGCAGGUUCACAGUGCUCUGCUUGGCUGUUCUACCCCCUACGGAGACAUUUGCUUAUUGAGGCUGCAGGAGCUGCAGCGGGAAAACACUUUCCUGCGGGCACAGUUCACUGAGAAGAUGGAUUCCCUUAAUAAAGAAAAGAUCGAACUGGAGAGAAAGCUGGCUGCUUCCGAGUUGGAUACAAGGCGUAUUCGGGAGACGAUGAAGGAGACGGUACAGAAGCAUGCAGAGGAAGUAAAGAAGCAGGAAGAGCGGGUAAAAGGGAGAGACAGACAUAUUAAUGGCCUGAAAAAGAAAUGCCAGAAGGAGUCUGAGCAAAACCGGGAGAGGCAACAGAGGAUCGAGACCCUCGAGCGGUAUCUGGCUGAUCUGCCAACCUUGGAGGAUCAUCAGAAGCAGAAUCAGCAGCUAAAGGAGUCGGAGCUGAAGAUUGCUGCUCUACAAGACACGGUGGCAGCGUUGGAGAGAGAGCUUGGAGAUGUCCGUGCUACAUGCAGGGAGCAGGAGGCACAGAUCGAGGCCCAGAAGCGCAAGGAGCUGGAGCUGCUUUCCACUGUGCACAGCUUGCAGGACAAGGUGCAGCAGUGCAUGACAAGUGCAGAGAGGGGAACUUCAGUUCAGGAGGUGGAGAAACAACAAGGAGAAUCGGAUUCUCUGCAGAAAGAAUGCGAUCGACUCAGGAAGAUUAUGGACAAGCAGCAGAAGAAGAUGGAGCAGUUGUCUUCCCAAGUCAAGAGCCUAGAGAACCAGGUGGCCCAGGAAGAAGGAACCAGCCAAGCUCUGAAAGAGGAAGCGAUGCAGCGAGAGAAUGCACUGCAGCAGCUACGCACAGCUGUGAAGGAGCUUUCGGUGCAGAACCAGGACCUGAUCGAAAAGAAUCUGACGUUGCAGGAACGACUUCGGCAAGCAGAGCUGGGCCAGCCACUCCCCAGGGAGACCGCCCAUCUCGCCCACGAGUUGCACAGCGAGCUGACCAGCUGCCUGCAGGACUUGCAGUCUGUCUUCAGCAUUGUCACUCAGAGGGCACAGGGCAAGGAUCCCAACCUUUCCCUGCUCCUGGGCAUUCACACUGUGCAGUGCUCGGCCAAGGAGAAGGCAGACUUGCUGAGCCCAGAUGGACUUACAAAAACACUGACGGAGGUAAAGCAGCUGCACAGAGAGAUUGAGGACCUAAGGACAGCGAUAUCGGACAGAUACGCUCAGGAUAUGGGAGACAACUGCAUCACACAGUGAGAGACGAGCUUUCCCCAGCAUGAGACGGGAACAGCUGGACAUGACUUGAAAAUCCCAGGAGACUUCAGCACUCCUGCAGUGGAAAAACGUAUUGGCACCUUAGCAUCCCCCUGCUUGGGUACAGCUGUGGGGGUCACUCACAAGAAGUCAGGGAUUCUGUUGCCAAGAGUAUUCGGGUGCUGUUUGGCCAGCCGGAUCUGUUCAGGGUCUGUGUUCAUUAGAUUCUUGCAGAGCUUUUGCUUCUGCCAUUGGCUUCAAGCUGGCCCCUGGCCUGUCUGUCCUUUUCUAAUAAACUCUCCAAGCCAAUGCCUGGCGGAAGCACUAGCCUCGCACAGGUAUUCAGGAGUCUGGGGCGAUACACCCGUAACACCAUCGUACCAUGGUGCUACAGGCUUAUCUGAGACUCCUGCAUACCCAGUUUUGGCCUUGUAGUCAUUUGUGUACUGAGGCCUGUAUUGCUCAGGUUUAGGGAGCUGAUGUUUUCAGCAGGAUCAAGCGCUGUGAGGCUAACGCUGGUUUCUGACCAUGCUCCUCUGCUUGAUUGUACCUUCUGAGGCCUUAGGAUCUGAUCCCCCUUUGGGAGCAUCCUGAAUGCAGAUGCACAUUCAGACUGCGGAGGAAGGGGAUUACUGCUUGAAGUGCCUUUAGUCCUCUAGAGAGACUUCCUGCCCACAACCUGCUUUUUCAUGCCUAAUGCACGUGCUGGUGAGGGGAGGAAUUGGUCUGUUGGCUCUUUUGUAGCCAUAAAGCAGUCCUGGAUACGUGGGACCUGUCUGGCAGGACAGCCCGUCUGGGCAAGGAGCACUGUUGCAGGGCGGCAGAUGCCCUGGCUCGCAGCCAGGCUGCCAUUUUCAUUGCACAGCUGCCCCAGGGGAUGUCCUCGGUGUACAGUUGUGCAGGAUCUGAACAGAGAUUUUUUUUUUUUCCCCCCAAAGCCAUGAUCUCUCUCACCUGUGCAAUCCUACAUUUCCCCCUGGUCAGAGAUCUCCCCCCUCCCUGUUGUUAAAUGGGUUGUAUUUAAAUCUCUUUGCCACUUUUUCAUUUCGUCAGCUUCCUGACUCGUAAGGAGAACUUGGAAGCUGGAGUGUUUUCAGUUGAGAGGCACCACGGGGAGGCCUAGCUUUCUUCUUGGAUCCAAAGCUGAGAUGUCACCUCCUUGUUUUUCGUUUAAAAAACCCCACAAACCUGGUGCCCCUCGGCAGCGUGCUGUUGCUGUAGGUUUGCGUCCAUCUCUCUGGGGUGAGCCCCCCUGGCAGAGACGCUCUUCCUGAUCCCCUUGUUGAACUUCAGUAAGACCAAAUGCUGUUUUUCAAAAUCUGGGCACCCCCUCCCCCCCAGCGUGUGGAAACGGCACCAUUUGUGUGUCAUCUCUGACUCAUUUGUGCCUAGCGCAUAGGAAGCGUGUCGGGGUGUGGUGGGCGGCUCGCUCGCGGGUCUCGCAGGCUGGCCCCGUUCCUUGUGCAGUUCCUGCAGAAGUGCUUUUGGGGGCAGCUCCAGCCCCUUGCCCCGGUGCCUGCAGCCCGGUUCCUUGCCGACCCGGCUGCGUGUCUUUCUCGAAGUCCGUUCUGGGAGGAACGGCGGUGGGCAGGAAGCAGCAGCUUCCUCUUGCCAGUUGGCAGCCAAGUAGCCUGCAUUUCAGGCCUGAUUUUUCUUAGCCUCCCCCCUUCCCUUGUUCUCUUGUCCCCUGCGGUGGGUACACGCGGGGAGCGGAGGUGCGGGCAGGGCGAGGCCGGAGCAGCUUGUCCUCUCUCGCGCUCGCCCGUGGGGGCCAAGGCGGGGGUAGACCCCCGCGGCUGGCACGGCCCGCUCCUUCCUGGUGCACAGGCCUGGCAGGGAAGAAAGGUCCGGUUUAUUGCCCCUUUACCACGUUUUAUAUUUGAAUUGGAAAUAAAGCACGCGCCGAGGCCCCCGGGCCCGGGACUUUGUACGGAGGGUUUUGCCUACACAAUAAAGGCGCUUUGUUCCCCC